AUGGCGAAAUCAAAGUCGACUCCGUCGAAGCAGACGGCUGCGAGGAGUCCGGCCAAUGCAUCGGCUACAGCAAAGCCAGUUGAGAAGUCAGCUCCCCGUGGACCGGCGAUUGAAGAGCAGCGGAAGGCUUCACUACCAGAGCUCUUCUUUGUAGCUACCAUUGGAGCAAUCGUGAUAGGUCUUGCUGGAGCAUAUUCUUACAUAUCUCAGUUGACGCUUGCUCCUGUGUACGGCUCGGCUCCUGCAGGAAAGUAUCAUACUGCAAUUACGCUGAUAGCAGCAGGCGUGGGCUCAAUAGGUCACCAAUUUGUUCACAGAUACGCCCGCCCGACGACAACACUGCCAAUUCUUGCAUUUUAUAUUCCAACCAUUCAAUUCGUCUUGUUCAAGUUCAGCUCUACCCUUGGACCUGUUUUGGGACCUAUCAUUACCGAAGUACUCACGUUUGCGCCCUUGGUUUCGCUGUCAAUCUGUGUUCCUGGAGUUUUGAUCCAAAAAUUGAACCUGAGCCCCAAGCUGAAGCAAGGAAUGGAGCAGGGAAACAUUCUGGCCGCAUAUGCUCUCUUUAACGGUGCGAAGGGCAAACUUGCCGAAACGUUGCCUUAUCAUAUUGGAUCAAGCUUUGUGACGACAAGUGUUGGGCUUCAAUUCAUCAUCGCUCUCAGUCAAGCUAUUCUUCUACCAUCAAAGUGGCUUAUCCUUGCGCUUCCGUCUCUUAUGUUCACGGCUACUUACAACCCUCAUGUUCCACUACCGUAUACGACGGACCUGCUCAAUUCUACUCUCAAGGCAGAUAACUUCACUUUACUCCAUCGCCAGGAAUCAUUGACUGGAUAUUUGUCUGUGCUGGAGAACACGGAUGCUAAGUUCCGCGUGAUGAGAUGCGGUCACAGCCUUUUGGGCGGAGAGUGGCUGCCACAUUUAAUGACCAAGGAUGCCAAAGUAUCGGACCCCGUUUUUACUGUUUUUACGGCUCUCGAGGCUGUCAGACUUGUCAAGAAGGAUUCCCAUAAGCCAGAGAAGGCUGAUUCAAAGAAAAGUGCUCUCGUUAUUGGUCUGGGUAUUGGCACGACCCCUUCAGCCUUUGCUGCACAUGGUAUCAACACCACUGUUGUGGAGAUCGACCCAAAUGUACACCAGAUAGCCAUGGACUAUUUUGAAUUCCCUCGAGGGGUUAAUACGGUGAUUGAAAAUGCUGUGAGGUUUGUUGCUCGUGCUCAGGAGGAGACUCCAAUCCAAAAGUAUGACUACAUUAUUCACGACGUUUUCACCGGAGGCGUAGAGCCACUGGACCUUUUCACUCAAGAGUUCAUGCAAAGCCUCGACGCGAUGCUGGAUGAUGAGGGUGUCAUUGCUAUCAACUAUGCUGGCGACAUUGCUCUGCCACUCGCCGGUCUGGUCGUUCGCGCCAUCACGUCCACGUUCCCAUCAUGCAGGAUAUUCCGUGAUAAUAAACCAUUGCCAGGCUCUUCGUCUAGAAGAGACCUUACAAACAUGACUAUCUUCUGCAAGAAAACGCCAGGACCUAUCAAAUUUAGGACUCCGGUGCCUAGUGAUUACCUAGGAACUUAUUCAAGGAAAGAGAGCUUGGUACCGCGCCUUGAAUUUAGUCCAGGCUCUUUCUCAAAGGACCCCGAGGGAAAUACGGAUGCUCUAGGACCAACUGUGCCAAAGGAGCUUGCAUACUGGCAGUUCCAGGGAGCAAUCGGCCACUGGCAUGUUAUGCGCAGCGUGCUUCCUGCUAGCGUCUGGGAGAAUUGGUGA